AUGUUGUCCCGUUACUCUGUUGUGCGUAAUGCGGCAAGAACCAUUGCCAGAGUUGGUGUGGCCCGUACAAUGAGACCAGUUGCGGCCACCAUGAUCGCUGGAUCGAGACGUUGUGCUUCGGCCAAGGCUCAGCCCACAGAAGUGUCGUCAAUCUUGGAAGAGCGUAUCCGUGGUGUGUCAGAAGAGACCAACUUGAACGAAACCGGUCGUGUUUUGUCGGUGGGUGACGGUAUUGCCCGUGUUUUUGGUCUAAACAACGUUCAGGCCGAAGAAUUGGUGGAAUUCUCGUCCGGUGUCAAAGGUAUGGCUCUGAACUUGGAACCAGGCCAAGUGGGUAUCGUGUUGUUCGGUUCUGACCGUUUGAUCAAGGAAGGUGAGGUGGUGAAGCGUACAGGCCAGAUUGUGGACGUUCCAGUGGGUCCAGCCAUGUUGGGUCGUGUUGUCGACGCUUUGGGUGCUCCAAUCGAUGGUAAGGGACCUAUCAAGGCUGCCGGCCGUUCCCGUGCCCAGGUCAAGGCCCCAGGUAUCUUGCCAAGAAGAUCUGUGCACGAACCAGUGCAAACCGGUCUAAAAUCCGUUGACUCUUUGGUUCCUAUCGGAAGAGGUCAAAGAGAACUGAUCAUCGGUGAUCGUCAAACCGGUAAGACCGCCGUCGCCAUCGACACCAUCUUGAACCAAAAGAGAUGGAACAACGGCUCUGACGAGUCCAAGAAACUAUACUGUGUCUACGUUGCUGUGGGCCAAAAGAGAUCCACUGUUGCCCAGCUAGUGCAGACUUUGGAACAACACGAUGCCUUGAAAUACUCCGUCAUCGUCGCCGCCACCGCCUCCGAAGCCGCUCCUUUGCAAUACAUUGCUCCUUUCACCGCUGCUGCCAUUGGUGAAUGGUUCAGAGACAACGGUAGACACGCCUUGAUCGUGUUUGAUGAUUUGUCCAAGCAAGCUGUUGCUUACCGUCAACUUUCGUUGUUGCUAAGACGUCCUCCUGGUCGUGAAGCUUACCCAGGUGAUGUUUUCUACUUGCACUCCAGAUUGUUGGAGAGAGCCGCCAAGUUGUCCGAGAAGAACGGAGCUGGUUCUUUGACUGCUUUGCCUGUCAUUGAAACCCAAGGUGGUGAUGUUUCCGCUUACAUUCCAACCAACGUUAUUUCUAUUACUGACGGUCAAAUUUUCUUGGAAGCUGAAUUGUUCUACAAGGGUAUCAGACCAGCUAUUAACGUUGGUUUGUCCGUGUCCCGUGUCGGUUCCGCUGCCCAGGUCAAGGCCAUGAAACAAGUUGCCGGUUCUUUGAAGCUUUUCUUGGCCCAAUACAGAGAAGUCGCCGCUUUCGCCCAAUUCGGUUCCGAUUUGGACGCUUCCACCAAGCAGACUUUGGCUAGAGGUGAAAGAUUGACCCAAAUCUUGAAGCAGAGCCAAUUCGCUCCUAUGGCCGCUGAAGAGCAAGUGCCAUUGAUUUACGCCGGUGUUAACGGUUACUUGGACAACAUCGAAUUGAACAGAAUCGCUGAGUUCGAAAACACAUUCUUGCCUUACUUGAAGUCCAACCACGAAGACAUUGUCUCUGCCAUCAGAGAAAAGGGUGAAUUGUCCAAGGAAUUGUUGGCUUCUUUGAAGUCUGCCACCGAAUCCUUCGUUGCCACUUUCUAA